GCAGAUGGACACUUUUGAUCGUAGUUUCGGGUUGUAAUGUCUUGAUGAAGUGAAACUGAAGGCAUUUGGCGCAUAAGUCUCCUGUGAGGCGGAGCAAUGAUCAGAGAGCCAUGACGAUGCAGCAUGUCGUACACAAACCCCGGAAGCAGGUAUUACGGGGAGCUGGUUACCUGUAUCGUGCGGAGUCCUCCUUCUGCCUUUCCAUGGCAGAGGAGCUUUUCUUAGAUGCUGCAGAAUAUGGAAACAUUCCUGAAGUGAGGCGGAUGUUAGAGGAGCAGCCAGAGCUCAACAUCAACUGUGUGAACUACAUGGGCCAGAAUGCAUUGCAGCUAGCAGUUGCAAAUGAGCAUUUUGAAGUCACUAAGCUCCUGCUAAGGAGGAAAGACCUGGCUCGAAUUGGAGAUGCUCUACUGUUAGCCAUCAGUAAAGGCUACAUCCGUAUAGUGGAAGCUUUACUGGGCCAUGAGGCCUUCGCAGACGGACAGAGGCUGACAGAUAGUCCCAGCCAGGUGGACCCACAUGAUGACUUCUUCGCCUAUGAUGAGGAUGGCACACGUUUCUCUCAUGACAUCACCCCCAUCAUACUGGCUUCCCAGUGCCAUGAGUAUGAAAUUGUGCAUAUACUUCUUAUGAAGGGUUCCCGUGUACAACGCCCCCAUGACUACUUCUGCCAGUGUAGGACCUGCAGCGAGCAUCAGAGGCACGACUCAUUCAGACAUUCACAAUCACGCAUCAAUGCAUAUAAAUGUCUGGCCAGUCCUACUUAUCUGUCCCUCUCCAAUGAAGACCCGGUGAUGGCGGCUUUGGAGAUGAGCAAUGAGCUUGAAGUUCUAUCCAAUAUUGAGAAGGAGUUUAAGAAUGAUUACAAGAAGCUAUCCAUGCAGUGUAAAGAUUUUGUGGUGGGACUGCUGGAUUUGUGUCGAAACACAGAGGAAGUGAAGGCCAUCUUAAACGGGGACACUGAAUCAUGUCCAAGCCCAGAGACCUUGGGCAGACAAAACCUAAUCAGGUUAAAACUUGCAAUAAAGUAUGAAGUUAAAAAGUUUGUGGCACAUCCAAACUGCCAACAGCAACUCCUCUCUAUCUGGUACGAGAACUUGUCUGGAUUACGUCAGCAGACCACAGCAGUUAAAAUCCUUCUUGUUCUUGGUGUAGCGUUUGGACUGCCAAUCCUGUCCUUUUUGUACUGGAUAGCACCAUCAAAGUACACUCUUCAGUGUCAUUAUGCUGAGUGGAGUAGAACCUCGGAUAAAAGGGACAAAGAGGCUGUCCUCAAAAAGGCACAAAUGGAGGUGGACAACAUGCCAGGGUUGAGAAGCUCGUUGCCUGAGUUCCUCAGAGUUUUUUCUCGUAGCCCUGAGUGCCAGUCUCCAUUCUCUGACCCUUUCUUGGGAUCCCGCCUGGCGUUUGGAGGUCCACGGAGCCUCCAAAAGACCUCUAAAAGACGCAAGGUCAGGAAGCUAGCUCGUACUCAGUCAGGAAAGAUCUGGAAAGAAUGUAAAGAUAUUUGGUCGCAGGACAUCAGGGAAUACAUCUCAGAGCCCUGGAACCUUCUUGACUUUAGUAUCUUGGCCAUUUUUAUGACAUCUUUCAUUGCCAGAUUAAUGGCUUUCUGGCAUGCGUAUUCUGCCCAGUGUUAUGUUGACAAGCACUACACUGACCUGUCCAACAUGACCUUGCCAUUUGAGAUACAGUAUUUCCAGCUGGCUCGUAUCAACUGGAUGCCAUCGGACCCACAGCUUAUCUCCGAAGGCCUCUAUGCAAUUGCAGUUGUGCUGAGUUUCUCUCGCAUUGCAUACAUCCUGCCUGCCAACGAGAGCUUUGGGCCUUUACAGAUCUCUUUAGGAAGAACAGUUAAAGACCUCUUUAAGUUCAUGGUGAUCUUCAUAACAGUCUUUCUGGCUUUCAUGGUGGGAAUGUUCAACCUGUACUCGUACUACCUCGGGGCCAAAUACAACGAUGCCUUCACAACGCUCGAAGAGAGUUUUAAAACGCUAUUUUGGGCCAUCUUUGGCUUGUCAGAAGUAAAAUCAGUGGUCAUCAACAUCGACCAUAAAUUCAUUGAGAAUAUUGGCUAUAUUCUGUAUGGGGUGUACAACAUCAUCAUGGUGAUUGUGUUGCUGAAUAUGCUCAUUGCCAUGUUCAACAGCUCCUUCCAAGAAAUUGAGGAUGAUUCUGAUGUUGAGUGGAAGUUUGCCAGAGCUAAGCUGUGGUUCUCGUACUUUGAGCACGGCGGAACCCUGUCCGUGCCCUUCAACCUCGUACCCAGCUCCAAGUCUGUCCUUUCCCUCUUGCUUGGGAUAAGGGAACUUAUUUGGGGUGGACCUAAAGGCAAAAUAAAAGGAAAUUCAAAUGAUGAGAUGGAGCUUAAUAAGUUGAGGCAGAAGUCAGAUCUGAGUGUGGAUGCAUCGCUUUGUCCAACCCGUCACCAAAGUAUAAUGAAUCGCCUCGUCAAAAGAUACAUAGUAAAAGCACAGCGAGAUAAAGAAAAUGACGAAAUUAAUGAAGGUGAGCUGAAAGAAAUCAAACAGGACAUCUCCAGUCUCCGCUAUGAGCUGCUGGAAAGGGCCAACCAGGACGUGGAGACAGUGACAAAACUCAUCAGGCAACUGGGAGAAGUCAUGCAUGUUCAGCAGAAAGAAGAGCAGAAGAAUGAUAUCUCUUUAAUUUAUUAAAAUAUGUAAAGAAUAGAGAUGUGUUUACUGGGUGAAGUCCUCUCAAUGUCAAUUUAAAGUCCUCUUAAUGAGGCAUUCAGUCUGGGUCAAAGGGCUCUUAGACAGAUUUUUGGACAAAAACAACUGACAGAAAAAGAUAUUCUGUACUUAAAAUAUGAAAAACAUACAUUUAAUUUCCGCUUUUGUGUAAAUUGAGCCCCUUGGGAGGUAACUCACCAAAUCCUCUUCGUCCCUGUCCUUUUAUCUGUACAGUUAAUCACACUGUGGCACUAAUGUAACUUCUUCUUGCACAGGCUAUGUUACACUAUUAUGCAAUACUGACUGCUAACAUAUGAUGGUGCUGCCGGUUACCAGCUAUUUAUAUGGUUUGAUUCAGUGGCCAUUUUCUCUCUGGAGUAGCAAAGCU